AUGGCAUCCGUUGGUGACACACAGAUCCGAAAACAACUACGGGUAUGCAGGCGCCGUCAGAGACGUUAUCUAAGUUUGAAAGGUUCUAAAUCCUCCAACAAAAGAAAUUCUAAUCUUGAAAGUUCUGAUACAAACUCGGGGAAAGUAUACAUUGUUGAGAGUAUUCUCGAUGAAAGAAUUAUUAAAGGACAGAAAUACUACAAAGUGCGUUGGGAGGGAUUUCCACCCGAAGCAGAUAGUUGGGAACCAGAAAAAAAUCUCACUAAUGUAUUAGAUAUAAUUUCCGAGUUCCAUAGUGGCUCAAAAAGUAAAAUUUCAAAGAACUUAGAUGUACAUAAAGAUUGUCACACAGUUUUCGAAAACUCUCCAGCUUCCGUCCCAACGCCUCCUGCUACACCAUGCUCAGUACUUCAAAGCUCACAUAAUCCCUUGAGAGGCUCUAGUGAAGAGCGACAGUUGAAUAAAUCCGUGAAACGUAAGCAUUUUACGAAGUCACGCACUGGCGGGAGAUAUGAAUAUGUUCCAAAACAUCAGUUAGUUGCUUCAAAGACAAAAUAUUUCGACGAUAUUCGAGAUGGAAAAAUCGACCUGUGCUCGAAUGACCUUUAUUCACGUGUUAAAACCCGCAAGCGCUGCUCUGCUGAGUCUGCUAGCAACUCCGUAAGCAAUGAAUCUACUCAGAGUCGAAAUGGCAGCCUUCAAGGAGAGAUAGAAUUGGAAUGUGAUGCCUCUAUGGAGCAUUUUUCAACAUGUUCUCCGAAACGUGACCCAGUAUCACCAUCAUUUUCAUGUUUUGGUACCAACGAAUCCCUUCGAGACUUCAACUGUACAUUUCAUAAUGAUGAGCAGAGCCAGCCCAUGUUUUCUGCAGGAGGUUCUGAACAUCAUCAUCCUGAAAUAACCAAAAGUUUAGUUACCACAAAUGUUUCUCCAUCGCAUCAGUCAGAUAUUAUUUCGAAGUUUGAUAGCAAGGCUGUUCAGUCAGAAUUUCAUCCAAAUUCUUCAAAAGGGGUAUCUUGUAACCUUUAUCUCUGUGAUUCCAUAUCCAAAGUAGAUAUUGGAUUGUCUCCAAUAUCUUCACAUCCAUUAGAUAAUAAACCACUCUGGGCGUUUGAGAGAGAAAAUACCUCUAAUUUUAAUGUUGUGGAACAACCAGGAAACCCCCACAAUCUGUAUGAUAAACUAUAUGAACGGAGCGUUUCAUCACUACGCACACUUGUAAAUAUCUAUUUUAAUUUGAUUCUAUCUCAUAUUUCAAAUGAAGAUGAAAUAACUCAUAGUGAACAACCAACCGACUUUCAUCAUGAGCUUAGAUGUCUACCGCACUUAUGUGUCUAUAAUCACUUAACCUCCAUUCAGACACCCGGUGAGUUCCUAAAUGCUAUCAAUAACCAAAGAUGGAGUCUUAUCGCCACUAUGCCCUCGAGAAACUUGUUUUCAGAAAGCUCUCAAGCUCAAAAAAGCAGUACUUAUUCGUUGUCACCAGAAAAGACGUUUGGAUCUCGCAAAAGUGAUAAAAAACCGGAUUUAGAGGAAGAUAUUCGUUUCAAAGAGGAUGCGUUAUUGGCAUGUAUCACUGGGGGUGCAGGUAGACCCUUAGUUUUAGACCGACUGCUUACUUCUGGAUUGGAUCCUAAUAAGGUUAUUGAACCUAAUUCUAAAUGGCCAUUAUUAGCUUUAGCGGUUUGUUUGGGUCGUUUACAUGCUGCUCAAGCAUUACUUGAUGCAGGUGCUAAGCCUAAUUGUGUUGAACCCAACCGCCGACAACGAUCAGCUCUUGGUUUAGCGAUAGCAGCAGGAGAUGUUGAUAUGGCUAACAUGCUUAUUUUGUCUGGUGCUAACUUUUACGAGGUAGAACCCGGGACAACUGCCCUUAAUCUGAUCAUGAAGUUAUUAAAUGCCCAUUUGUCUGCACAACAAAAUUCAAAAAUUAACUAUCGUCAAAUAAAUAGGUCAUAUCUUGCUCUUGCAGAACUCCAAGAUAAACUACGCAGUAUGGAUAGUCAAUUUCCUCCCGUUCCUUCACCUUCCCCACCUAAUGGACUCAAUGUCCCAAGUUUACCUGAAUCCCACAUUUUUAAUGCACUUAUAAGUUCAAGCAUGGGAAAUCACUAUGACUCUUCUCAGUUAAAUAAUAUGGAUAGCAAGAUUUCUAAAUCCGGUAAUGCUUUACCGUCUGUAGACAGUUUACGCAGACUUCAUGAACUUAUUGUGGCGCACCAUGCCCGUUUAUCAAUGAGUGUCACUAAUUUGGUACGAACGUGGCUUACUCGAGCUGAUCUUGUCCAAGUCGGAUUGGUGUCACCUUGUCAGUGGAUAAGCGUACGUCAGUGUUCUGCUUCAGUAAAAUUUUCUUGGCCAAACGAAUUAAGCAAUCCAAAGUUACAACCAAGCCGUGUAGUUGCACCUAUCUUGAUUUUAGUUCAUGGUCGAAUAGCACCUCCUGCUUGUUACGAUGUUUGGAUGGAUGAUGAUGGGCCUUGUGUUAUAGAACGCGUUUGUCUUGAUCAAACCUAUAUCCAGAGGGCCUUAAAUCGAAUGCUGUUUGUAACUACGUUAUAUCCACUUGAUUGGAAUUCAUUGAAACCUCAAGAACAUGAAGUAUCAAUCGACUUCAAACCAGACAGUAUUUCAUCCAUUCAUUCUACUCGUCCGACAUGUGUUGCAAUUAUGAUUAUCGCUGUUGCCCUAUCCCAAUCGAACAAUAAGGAAAAAGUAUCACAACAGAAUGGAAACUUGAAUGCUAUUCAAUCUUCACGUUCAUCUAUAACUAACAGUCAACUGACUUAGAAGUAAUCAAAAUUCAUUUGUAUAUGCACCACAUUUAAUUAAUUUAGCCUAUUUCCUUUUUCUUCUCUAAAAAUUCAGCGAAACUAGUCAAAUAUAUAUAUUUUUUAUUAUUUCACUCUGAUUGUUUGAUAAAUUUAACAGAAACUGAUAUUGAUUGACUGGUUAUACCAUAUACCUAUGUGCUUUCCUAUGUAUUUGCUCGUAGACAUCAUUUUGUUUAUCGUAUACAUUGUAUCAAUAGGAAAUCAUCAGAUAUAUGUUACUUAUAUACUACUAGUAAUACAACAUUCUCCACUUGUCAAAUGUUUUGUGCUUACCUAUGAAAAUAAGUAUACUUAUAUGCGUAUGUCAAUACUGUGAUCUAUACUGAGAUAUAUGUUCUUUUUCUUUCUAUUUACUUCAUUUAAUUUGGUUAUUGUUGUUAUUUCAUCGAACUGCUGAUUUUCUUACUAUCUCCUAUUGAUAUAUUCAAAAAAUGUAUGCUUUGUUUAAUAUUUAUGUCAAAUUUUGCAGCUACUACCUUUCUCAGAGUUUCUCUUGAAUAUAAACUGACUCCACUUUUUCUCCUGAACUCAAACCUGUUUCUUUCUUGUUUUCAUUUUAAAAUUACUCACAUACACACACACCUUGAGAAUAAAGAAAUCUUCUAAAGUAGUCUUAGGUGGGUUUGUUCAUUAAGUGAAAAAAAAUUAGUUGACAUAAAUUUUAACAUUUGAGGUAAUCCGUUUACAUAAUAUUUUUGUUUUUGCAUGAACCAAUUCAACUACUUGAUAUUCUAUUCUGUUACUUACAAAAAUUGUUAUUGUUAUCUUUGUUACUAGGAAUUAUUUCUCGUUU